UAAAUUCGUGUACGAUUCAGUACAGCUCCACUGCUUUCAACAUGAAGAUCUUCCUUUUUAUUUUUGAGAUGUCCGUGCCGGCAUGUCUAGUAUGGGAGAUAGGUGCAGAACCAGGUGCAGAGAUUGUAGUUGGAAAAAAAGUGACAUCAGAUGUAGACUAUGAAGACAGGUUUAAAAACCACCAAGACAAAAAACUUGCUAUUUUCUACGCCAUUUCUGGCACCAUUACUGACGAAGACGAGUACAAGGCUAAAGCUGCGGAGGAGUUUGCAUUGCAUGGUGUUAAUAACGGAGUUUACUUAGUUGUGCACCUAGCCAGCCUAUCUGCUGACAUCAAGGAGAAAUACAUAUUUCCAUCGAAGGAUAGCUUGGUUUUCCAAUGGGAAAAUAAGUACAGACAUGUCCGUAUUACUGACAAAAAUGCAUAUGAAAAAAGACAUGAACAGUACAACGAUGGAGUUAUAGUUACUAUGUUUCACAACUUCGAGCCAGGUUGCAUGAAUGAACAACACCAAGAGGAUUGUCUGGAUUUAGCAAUAAAGGGUGCACUCUAUCUGUGUGUCGAUGAGUACGAAUCUCAAGCUGUCCCGGUCGUUUUGCUCGUCGUUCAUGUGGAUCUCGUCGGCAAAGAGUCAAUAAAGAGCCUCUGUCCAGAACGAGGAGAGCCGAAACUGUACCCUGCAUUGUUCGAUGAACUCAAGUCAAAGUUGUUCGAGAUACAUGAACCAGGAGCCAUUGACACUUUUGAUCAAUAUAACUGCUAAAUCCAGCAACAAGCACACUCCUAGAAAAACGACACAUGUACUGAGCAAGACAAACUACUUAAACGUGUUAGAAAUCCAAUCAAGGGUUCCCAGAGCCCCCCCUCUGCGCCACAGAAUUUUAAGAGGGGGCUUUUUUUUGGGGGUGGGGGGAUUUUUUUGCUAGCUGUCAUAAUGAAUGUAUAACUUUGUAUAUGCAGCCCGAAAAAGGUUUUAUAAGUACGGUAGUUUUCUAUAAACACCAACAAUAUUUUGCCAUUCGUAAUUAAAUUGCUUCUAAGAAUGGUAAAAACGCACCUUCUUAGAUCCUUAACAUGUACGAUAGGGUCAAAUUUUACUUGCUACAUAUGUUUUAGCGGUUCUUUAACUCCACGAUCGUCAGGCUUCCAAAAAAAUCACUUCUGGAGGUGUCGUCAGAGUACGUUACAAAAAUUCAACGCAAAACUAUUACAGAUUGGCCUAUCAAUUCACGCGUUUAAAUUGCCGUCGGCAAGACUGGAAGUAAACCGAAUCAGGUUAAGUUGGAUGGACCGACUUGGUCUCUGUAUUGUCGUCUGUGUUUUCAACAGCUGAUAUUGGAAUAUUGUAGUGACUGAGAAGAGUGUUAAAGAUAUAAUUGGAUUCAUAAUUAAUCGAGUGUUUUCAUUCCAAAUUUGUGUGCUGUCCCAAGUAUUAUGUAUUUAAAUAUUUCAAACUCUUCCAAAGUUAUUAAUAAAUUUCCUUUCCCGUAGUAAUGAAGAAUUUCGAUACCAUCAUUUAUAUCCAGCAUAUAUAAAUUAGUUAUUUUUGUCAAUAAUUUUGAAUGGAAAACUCAAUUAUGAAUCCCUUUAUAUUUUCAACACUCCUCCGCCACUUCACUACAAUUAGUCAAUUAUAAGCUGUAUAUAACACAGACGACAACCCAGAGACCACGUUGGUCCGCUAUAACCUGAUUCAGUUUACUUCCAGUUCUGCCGCGGCAAUGUACACGCGUGAAUGAUAGGCCUAUCUGUUAUCGUUUCGUGUUUAACGUUUGUAACAUAUUCUGACGACACCUCCAAAAUUGGAUCCUUUUGUAAGCAUGGCGAUGGUGGAAUAAAGAACUGCCAAAACACUACCAUUAUUAGUCAUAAAACGCAAACCUGGGGCUAUCAAAAUGAAUUAUAAAAUUACCGUACUUCGUCACAAAACCUUUUGUAGUGCUGGUGGCACAUUGUGGGUAUUUUCCCGGCGAUUAUUGUAGAAGGCAGCUUGGGAGUGGCGAGCAACGCCUCCUAGUCUGCCCUAUUUCGUGACCUAAUUUUAAAACAAGAUACUUUUUGCCAAAGUAUUAUUCGUACACUUAAAGUUAUUUUAAUUCUUAAGCCCUAUAAAUUUACAAAACCUAAAUAUAUUUUACAGUUACGUUACAGUGCUGUGUUGGAGUAGAGUAAUUCACCGAGUAUAUUGUUAAACAUUUUGAAGACGUUGCCUAUUUUAAUACUGAGCACGUGUUGGCUGACGAUAAAGAUUCUAUCCAAUAAUUAGAUAUAACUUUGUAUUGUUAAAUGACGUUUCCUAUUAAACAUUUAAUUUUGAUUAUCGUUAA